AUGGCUUCGAAGGUGUCCGAGCUGGAGCUCCACCUGGUGCAAGAUGUCCAGCUGACCCAGUGUAUGAGGCUUCGAGUAAAGAGCCUCCAACAGAAGAAUGAGAAACCUCAAGACGGCGAGAAGCUCCUGAAAGCCAAUGAGUAUGUCUACCGGGUGGACUUCUCCCGCCAGCACAACCUCCGCUUCUUGCGCUGGAACGUCACGCUGAAGAAACCGGGGAAGGUGAACAUCAUCGGCACCUCUCAACACUGGACGCCGGAUCUUACCAAUCUCAUGAGGCGGCAACUUCUGGAGCCCACGGGGGUCUUCUGGAAGAACGCCGAUUCUGAGGAGGUGGACUGGAACGAGGCGGAUGCUGUCGAGUUUGGAGAGAGGCUGGUCGAGCUCGCCAAGAUCCGGAAAGUGAUGUAUUUCCUCUUGGCUUACGAGGACGGCCUCGAACCGGCCCACCUCAAGUGUUCUGUGGUCUUCAAAGUCUGA